UGCGAGUCAUAUUUAUUUCUCACUUGGACUUGAUCGAGCGGCGCAACAAGUUACUCCGCAGAUUGAUUCGACUUUUUGGUGAAGACUUCCGUUUAACGUACUAUGCCGGAUUGAGUGUGAAAUUUAACAAUCAUAUCAAGCCAUCAUGGCUUUGAAGUGGUUUUUCAUUUUUAUUUUUAUCAGCUAUUUGAAUACAGUGUCUCUUCAACCCAAGGUUGUGUAUAAACCAACUGAGUUUCCAUACUCAAAAUGUUCUGAAAAUGGUGCGAACCGAGUGAAUUGUGAAAAGCUUAAUAUGAGUUACGACAGACAAGAGAAAGAGAGCAUGUGGCCACCAGGGCCAUACGCAAUACCAAUGUGUAAAUAUGGCUGUCCGGAAUCACAGUCUCGGGGUUGGUCGAAAAGCAAAUUAAAGAUCAAGAUGGUAGAAUUAAGUAAAAAUUCAGAAAGUGUUUCUACAGUGUUAGAUAGGAAUUGGGACCCCAAUUCCUUAUUCAUAAACGAUGACUAUUUUAAAUCGCCGCAUCGUAAAGAAAAUUGGACGCAUCUUUAUUUUUGCGUGAAAUUCCGUAAUGACACUGGACUUGAUAAAGAACAAUGGAUUCCAGGAAACUACAGCAUUUACAAGAUCGGAUCGUCAUGUCCCAAGGAAUUCGAAGAAUCCACCAGAAAAUUUCCUGUCACUGAAUUUGUGUCGCAUGGUCAUGUUCCAGAUAUUGCAGUGAGUGAAGAAGGGCAAUCUGAAAUGUUGACUAAAAUCAUCCACAUUUCAAUUUGUAAAAGAAAAAGAAAAAAAAUGGCUGACAUGGGAUACGUUCAUACAAAUCAAACAUUUAGAUUGUUGGAGACUGAUUUCAUUCUUGAAAAGGAGGCAGAUACAAAUUGCUCCCAGUUCAACGAAACAACGGUGUCUCAGGGAGCGACAUACUGUUUCUAUAGCCCAAAAG